AUGGAGUCCGGCGUGUUCUCGGGUGUAAGAUACUACGUUAUAGACAGCAACGAUGACAAGAUUGUCUGCGAUUUAAAGGCUCUUGGUGCAUUGAAGCAUCCUAUCCUUUCGGAUAGUGUCAAGUUUGCAAUCAGCGAUAACGGAGAAGCGGGUGAAGUUGGCGAGGCUGAGGACCUUUACGCUGUUCCUGUUGUGACUGUCAGUUUUGGUUUUAAAAUUAUUGGUUGUUUAGUCCCAAUGGGUUCGAUACUCCAUCUCGAGAAACUGCUUUCUGCCUUCUUUUAUGAGCGUUGCAAAACGCACUUUCCUAAUGUCAGGAUGGUGUCCCCUGAUUGGGUUGUCGAAUGUGUAAAGGCACAGGAACUGCUCGAUUUCGAAAAAUACAACGUUGAGCUUCUGAUGAAGCCUGCUCUUCCAAAGCCCCCGAUUAUGCCAAAGCCACCAGUAUCCUCUUUUCAGUUCGUUGAACAGCCCUCACAGAGUCUGGCUUCGCAGAUAGGAGGAGUUGGAACAUCAGUCGAAUACUAUCACAUUACUCCUGAAGCAGUUCGCCAUGUUUUCGGCAUCCAGUCUGCAAUAAAUGCUUCGUUAGAAAACGCCUCCGGUAAUUUGGCCUCUCGAAUACUGUCAACAAAUUCUGGCUUGGUCGGAUUUACGUCUGGCACUAUGCCUGUUGCCUCACAGCCUCCAGUGGCAACCACUUUUCAGCAGCAACUUCAUCAUCCCCCCGAUCCGAAACCGGCUAAAAGUUCUGGCAAAAGCAAAGUCAAUAAACAUCCCAGCGAGCAGGGCUUGAAUGAAGAGCAGAAGCAUGCUAUUGUCAUGCAAAAUGUUAAGAAUAUUCUCAGUCAACAGGCUAAUUGGAAUAAGGACAACUCCCAAAAUCGUAGCGAAAGCGGACAAAUGCCGGGCGCUUUCCUCCCCACGGGUGCUACUCCCAUAGCUACUGGUGGAACACAGAGGAAGCCCAAAUCUCCAAAAUCACCGGCUAAUCGUGGUGCUGGUCAGGCUGCCGGUGCAGGGAGUGGCACCUCCGUAUCGAAGAUGAGCGCCGGAGGUCAGAAGACUCCUAAAGGCAGUAUAAAACGCACCGAGCUGGCAGAGAUUGCGGUAGCACCAGUAGCCUCGCUUGGCCAGUCACAGCAAUUCACAACGGUGACAGUAGAUCCCUCCGGAGGGGCAACCCAGCUCUUCCCACACUCUACCACAGCGACCGUUUUAGUCGCCACAGCCAAUCCCGGAGUAGCUCAAAUGACUGGCGCACCGCGAAUGUCUUCCACCUCACAGCAAAAUGGGGCUAUUCAGCAGACUCCUACCUUCCUGCUUCAGCAGCAACAGCAUCAACAAUAUCAUCAGCAGGCUCUAAUAGCCGCUCAGAGCCAGUUUCAAAAGGGGAGGAUGGCCUCCGUUGGAACGCCUCAGCAAGUACAGGUAUCUCCAUUGCUGUUGCAGGGUGCACAGGCUGCACCCGGCCAGCCCAGAACAGCCACUUUUAUCGUUCGAGCACCUUCAGCUCCAGAUCUUCAAUUGGGACAAACUGUAACUACAGCGGAGAACGUUCAGGCUCUUUUAGAGAGCUCUACGAGCAAGGAAGGCUUGCCUCCCACUGGUACACAGCAAGUGCUUUUGCAACCAGGCCAACCAUCACAGCAGCAGCAGUCGCAGCACCUCAUUCAAUUGCAGCAUCAGCAGCAGCAACAACAGCAGAAACGUGUUCCUUCACCCUCAGGCAGUGGUAGUGUGCUUUCCCCUGUUUUUAUUCAGGGUAGACAGCCCCAACCGCAGCAAUACAAGCAGACACCGGGGCAAAUGCAGAUCCAAGUCACAGGGUUGCAAACCCAGCAACAGCAGCAACAGCAGCAACAACCCACCAUUAGGCCUCAGCCACCGCGUACAGCUCAGACUGCAAGACAGGCAUUACCUCCCAAUCAUCAAGGCCAACAACAGUAUACCCAACUGGCCCAGCAAGUGAAAACGAAUCCACAACAGCACUCUCAUCAGCUAGGGCAGCAGCAGAUAAUUAUUCAGACAUCAGUCGGGGUACAGCAGGUUGUAACUGCUCAAGAUCUCACUAAUGCUCAAUACAUCGGAGCCAGUGGAGCUCAGAUGCGAGCAGUUGCAAGCUCUUGUUCCAUGGCCCAAUGUGCAUCACCUCGUCCUCCAGGUAUUGUUGGGUCGCCUGUUUACACCCAGGCACAGCAAGCCUUGACAAGCAAUGGGUCGGCCUCUUCCAUUCUCUAUCACAGUUCUUCAACUCAAGCAACUGCUGGAGUUUCUGCAGAUCCUGGCUCUGCCAGUGGUGGCCAACAAGAACGCGUCGCAUACAUAGCUUCCAUACAACAACACCAUCAGACACAGCCUGUUGGUGGAAGGCUUCAGCCAGCAGUUGUGCAGGGUCAGCAAAUACCACAGCAGCAGGCAAUGAUCGGUGUAUCCGCUGCAAGACCCAUAACGAGUGCAGCAGGUGCUCAAGCAUCAAUUAUCCAGACCCAGCAGCCUCAGCAAGCAGUGUCAGUUCAACAAGGACAAUUUUAUAGUCAAGCACAAUCUCAGACGCAACCACAGCAGCAGCAGCAACACCGAAUUAUCGUACAGUCCCCUCAUGCGUCGGCUUCAGCCCAGGUUACUUCAACUCAGCAGCAUUGUAUGGUCACACAAAGUGGUCAAAUUCCUCAGGGAGGUGGCAAUUUCAUUCAACAGAGGCAGGUGUUACCACAGCCUCAGCCUCAUCAGGUGUCUUCUUCAGGCCAUCCGGCGCAGGGCACCCAUGCCGCCGUUGCUCAGCCAUUGGGUACCUGUGCCCGCGCCCCGCUGAAUGCAACCUCGCAAAUCCGACAUAUGAUGGCUGCUGCGGCGGUGCAGCAGCGUCACGUGGUGCCUCCUUCCUCUCAUUACCGAAGUGGGGGCGUGUUGCCUACUCGGCCCUCUGCUGCGGCUGCCGGCGGCGCCUAUACACCCCCUGUUCUGCGAACCCCACAGCAGCAGCAGCAACUGAAUGCUGCUGCGAUUGCCACUGCCACGGGCGUGCAGCAGCCAGUUGCUGUACAGCAGUCUGUUCCCUCGAUCCCUCCUGCCUUCCAACUCCCUGCCUUUCGCGGACACGUGGGUUACUCCUGUCCUGCAGCUGCUCAGGAUUGCCUCAUUGGCUGUGUUAUGCUUAUAAUUGGAUACCAAUCCUUUGGUGAGGCUCGUAAAUCCCUCUGGAAAAAAAUUAUCCGCUCAUAUGGUGCGGAAGUUGUAACAACUUAUGAUCCUGCUCGUGUUACGCACAUCAUUAUGGAUUGGACACUGGGAGACCCAGAUCUUUACCAUCAGGAUCUCAUUGCUCCCAUUGUCACCUAUCUUUUAUUUCUCCUAUGGCAUUGGCUUUUUUUCGCCCAACUUUUCGCUGCCGUAAUUCUCCGGACCCAGGUCACCUGUCUUGCUCUCAGUGGUUUUGAGUCGUCUCCCAGUCUCGUAGAUACGGCCAGCACAGAAAUAUCCGUAAAGAACGCUUCCUCCAAUUCUUUUUCGUCCUUCACAUUGGGAGAUAAAGUCUUGAACCUUUGUGGGACAGUAAAAAACGCCCUUAUUCGCGAAAAUAUCGAGUCUCCCGAGCUGCUGUACCGAACUGAUCAUGAAAUCGUUCGACGCUUUUUGGUUCAAGAUCUGUACGGUCUGUCAGAACAGAUGCGGCAAGGGAGGCUGGUCACCACAUUGCUCCGUUACAAGGGAACCAGAGUCGAAUUACUGGCCUGCUGUCAAGAAAAUAGUCCUUGGGCCAUUCGUGAUCGGAAACGACUUGUGACAAUCUACUGGCUGAAUGACAUCUUAGCCAAGGGUAAAAUGGUCCCGCCCUACGAGAUUAUUCAUCUUCCCUCUACUUUCGCUCCGAGUGUUACUUUCUCAUUCAUCCGAUCUCAGGUAAUAUCCAUCACCGGAUUUGAUGGCAUAGAAAGAGUAAAGGUUGAGACCAUAAUCAAGCAAAUAGGCGCUUCUUUUACGGAUUACCUCGAUCAAAUGAAUACUAUUCUGAUUUGUAAACGACCACAAGGCAGGAAAUACGAAAUGGCAACAGUUUGGGGUAUCCCAUGUGUGAACCUUCGAUGGUUACAGGACGUUUACCUGGGCGAUGUGUCAGCUAUGGCGGCAGACAUUUCUCACAAGUACCUCUGCUUCGACGCCUCCGAUGCCUCCAUUGCUUUGGAGACGCGAACUCCACGUGUACAGGAGAUCAUGGUUGGCUGGCAGCAUGGCAUUUCCAUUACCUCUGAAUCUUGGGAGCAUUUGGCGAAACUGCGAAGUCAGUUGCGACAGGAGGAGGCGGAGGAAGAAGCGGCUGCUGCCCUGAGGCGUCAGCAGCAGGCGGAAGAUGGAGAGGGCAGCAUUGAGAGUGAGGACGAGAAAAGGUGCACUUUGCCGAGCCUGACGGCAGAGGAAGUUGAUCGCGCCAAAACGGGUAUGCUGCGAGAGACUCUGCUUCGUGAAGAAAGUGAAAGAGUAUCAGCUCAUCGCGCCACUGCUGCUAAUGCAGUGCAGCAACUUUCUACCUCCUCUGCCUAUCCGAUACUCUACCCUGUUCCCUCCACAUCUCAAUGUCCUGCAGGUUCCCCUCUCCCUAUGAAUCAUCAGCUUUCUACGUCAGCACCACUCUCCGCGGGUUCUCUUCCACUCGUCGCUACGUCCACGUCGCAUACGCUAACACCGCCACCACUACCAUCACAAUCGUCAUCUACUGCCAUGAUGGGAAUCAAAAUAGAGGUAACACCAUCAGUAUCGGAUACCCAUUUCGAAGCGGAGUCUCAUAUUUCGAAGCGCUCACACAGUCCGUCAACGGAUAGUUAUGCUUCACCACCUCAGAAACGGCAGGCAAACGAUCCACCGAGGUCUGUCUCUCCCCACCGCGUUACCGCUUCGCCGGACACUACCCCACGACCCGCAUCAGUAGGUCCAAUGUUAGGGCCAACGUCUCAGCGGCUUAAGGCCGAAUCAGCACCGGAUGUACCAGCCUCCAGAAUACCUGAAGCUCUCUCCUUCGCCUCUGCUGCUGCCUUGCCUCUUCCGAAUCAGGAGGCUGGUAUCAAGCUCACAGCCCCUCUGCUGAACCCCCUGAAACCACCGUCCCCACCGCCCUCUCAAAAACCUUUGACACCAUCGCCGAUGGUUGAAUCUAAGGCAGACGUCGAAAUCGACACGGAAGUGAGGUUAAUCUUCACGGGCGUGGACAUGGAGACCCGUCUAGCCAUCAUGCAGCUUCUAGCCCAGAUGCCUAAGACUGGUAUUGCACCACAUCGCCUAGUGGAGAAUGUGAGCGAAGCCACCCAUGUAAUCACCGAGCGCCUUACUCGAACACCCAAAAUCUACAUGGCGGUCGCUUUGGGAUGCCCCAUCGUCACUGCAAAGUGGGUUCAGGCCUGUCUCGUUCGAGGUGACUGGCUGGGUGAGAAUGCAAUAUCUAUUUUUUAUUCAAAUACAUUUUUACCGCUUCCCAUUAUCAUGCCCAAACUCUUUGUGACAAAAGCGGAAGUCGACUGGCUUAUUGAGGACCCCGAAGCGGAAGAAAAUCUCGGCUUUCGACUGGCUACCUCCUUCCGCAUCGCCCACGAACGACGACUGUUGGAUGAGCCGGGCCUGUUUGCUGAUCUAGAAUUUUGGUUUUCCCCAAUGGCGCAUCAUCGCGAGGUCUGCGAGCAACUUGUACGAGCCUGUGGCGGUCGAAUUCGUGAACGUCGUCCCACGCAGAAAAUGGCCCUCCUGCCCACUCCGCGGCAGAUUAUCAUUUGCCACGAGGAGGAUUCUCAUGUGGCCUCUUACCUCAUGCGUACCAAAACAGGCAAUCGAGCGGUUCACCACGAAGAAUUCAUCUUGAGCGGCGUGCUACGACAGGAACUCGACUUUGACUCUUAUCAAAUCCAGUUGGUGAGCAUACAAUUCGCCGAGUUGCAGGCGGCCAUCUCAGUGGCCAACAAUAGCGCCCCAGCCCCUGUACGUACUGCCGUUUCUCGCAAUCAGCCUGAAGUUCCGGUGGCGCCUUCUCAAUCGGCUGUCUACAUGCGUCCUCCGCCCCCGCCUCCACCUGCACCAUCCUGCGUGCUUCUUGUUUCUGGUGCAGAAAAUCAGCAGUCUUCGGUAAUGUACUACAUCUCAUCCGGCUCCACUAUCUCCUCAGCCUCUCGGGCACGAGUGUCUGCUUCUGCCUCCUCUGUGAUUCCUAUGGCCGCAACUGCUGUUACCACUGCUGUGGCUGGUGUCACUGCGUCGUCAGGAGGUCAAGAGGAGCCCUUGACACUGCAUCUACCUGAGGGCGUCUCAGCGGUAGUGGUGACGGGCAGUGAUACUGGAGUCCAUGUCGGCGAUGACGGUCUCAACGCAGCACGAGUCGCUGCUGCCGACGCACACGUCGUCGCCUCAGCCACCGCUGCUCUCACCACGACAAACAAUAACUCAUCGUUAAUCGCUGACAGCGGAGCCCUUGUAACUGCUGCUGUUGCCCUUGGUCGGAGUCAAGCGAACUGUACUUCGCAUCACUUACCGCCACAGCAUCAAAACCCACCACCCCAACCUCCUCCCUCGGGCAUGGUCAGUUCUUCCAUUGGGCUUACAUUUGCCUUCAAUCAUUCAUUCGGCAACUUGUUGCCUCUGGAAGUAGUUUAA